GCUUCUUACCAAUGCCACUCCUACUGUGGUAACGCCAUCAUCGAAUCCAGAACCUGCUCUAGUUCUUCCGGGUACGACACUGACUGUUUGUGCGCUACCAACUCUAACUUUAUGGGUUUGAUCAACGACUGUUUGGAUUGUGCUUGGUGCUUGUGGAGUGACUACGGAAAGUACUUGGAAGCUCCAUUGGCCGCUUGUAAGUUGUCAACUUCCCCA